AUGACUGUAAAUGAUGAGAACUCUGAGGAAAGUCCGUUAUUGGAGAAAGGCAGUACUGGAAUUUGGGCUUCUACUCUUUCCAUGGCAUUUUGUUUUGUUGCGGACACUACAAUGCCAGGUAAAACGAGGUCAUUUGUUAUAGCUUUGAUAGAAACCAGCAUUGGCCUCGGUUCCAUAAUAUCAACUUCAUUAUCUGGUUAUCUCAUACAAUGGACAGACAGUUACAUGUAUCCAGAACUUCUCUCAGUCAUUAUAGUUACCAUAGGAAUCAUUCUUGCAGUUUUUGUUUUACCUGAAACGCUUCAUCCAUCACGGAAACGAGACGAUCAGGUAUCAGUAUGUCAGAACAUGAAAAAUGUAACUGAAUGUUACACAUCCGAGUUUUCACCGUUAGGUAAGAGAUGGAUGUUUAUAUUACUCAUUUUUAUAUUCAUAAUGUCUGCAUUCGGAAAUUUAGGAAGACCUAAUGUGGAACAAAUUUAUCAGAUGAACAGUCCAUUUUGUUGGGAUUCUGUGAGGAUUGGUUGGUAUGCCGCAGUGCGGAAUAUGGCAUGGAGUUUUGGCAGUAUAGCUAUCAUUAAAUUAUUCCACAUUUGUACUACAGACGAUGUGAUUGCUGUGGUAGGGUGUAUUACAUGCGUGGCUUCUGCUAUUCUGGAAGGCAUUGCAACAACAGAUCUGUACUUAUAUUUAGCUGCCGGUGCUAGUAUUGGUAGUGUUGUAACAUUACCAAUGGUUAGAGCAAUUAUGUCCAAGAUGACACCUCCACACAAACAAGGUUCAAUAUUUGCUGGAGUGGCAGCUGUCGAAGUGAUCUGUAAUAUGGGAGCUUCUGUGAGUGCUAAUGCUAUAUACGAUGCAACAUUAGACUUUAACAAAGGGAUGACAUUUUUUGUUAUGGCUGGUUAUGGUGGAGUAGGAAUCAUUUUAUGUUUAUUGUUUAUAAGCGAGAAGAAGAAGACAUUAUCAGACUUAACACCGAAGUGAAGACAUUUU